CUCUCUUCGAAGAAGUCACAAAUGUAUAAUCUGACCUGAAUAACUCUCUCAUAAAAGUAAUUUCUGGAUUGCUGAUAAGCUAUCUCACAUUACCGAACUUGCAGCUCGGGAUCGUGAAUAAUCCCGCUAAAACACACGUAUUUCAAUAUAUUUGGUUUGCUUUUCAUCAUCUUUUCGCAAAUAUAUGAUGAAAUAGCAUCAUUUAUUAACGAACUAAUCUGCAGAUGAUGCAUCGUUCCGGCAAAGAAAAUAGUCAAUGGAGGACAUCCGUCGCUUGUAUUGGUGUGACAGAACGGGACAAAAAUCAGAUCCACUUCUUAGCCGAGGGACAAAAGUCAGGAGAUAAAUGAGCGGCGUCUGAGAUCUUCCUCUAUAAGUAGAUCCUGAAAUUCAAUUAAGUAAAGGAAACGUAUCAUGUGACAUAACAGUUUCGUGCGUUGUAAAUGUUGGGGUCAAUGAAACCACAUCCCUUUGCGCGGGUUGGGGGAUCGCGGACGAAAUGGCACCACCAUCCGAGACCUCCGAUUCCUUCUUCCUUUGUCUCCCAAGGAUACUACAAAAUGAAGGCACCGAGGGACCGACCCUUCAUUUCCGCGAGAGCCCUUUAACGAGUCUUUGUUACGCGGACGAAAUGUCGUCGCGCGAAAGAGAGCCGGGGGACUGCGACGAUUCAGGGAGCGGCCGGCGCGACCGACUGAUUAAAAUUGUCUCUUAUUUCCGCUCUAUGUGCUUUUAUUGUGUGAUUCUUCAGCACCUUUUUGUAUUCGUAAGAGAUAAACGGACGGAUCUGUCGUCUCGGCAAAUUUACAAGACUUCCUCGAACGCAUCGCUGUAUAUACAACAAUACGACAAAGAAAGCUCGAAAAUGUCACCUGUCCACCACCAGGUAUAGCAAACGGGCGAUGUUCACCCCAACGUACCGAAUGAAUCAAUACUCCCGAAAAAAAAAGAACACGUCUCUCUUCUGCCUCGACUUCCCUUCUGUGCCGUCGUGUUAACUGUCAGUUUGUCGUCGCUGUCCUCAGGCUGUCAUAACAACGCUCUAUAUCGGUUUAUCCCUCUGGGCCUGUCUCUUGUCUAGGCUCGCGGUACAAUCGACUCUUACUAUCUCUUGCGUUCACUUUUUUUUUAUCCUCUUCUCUUUCUCACUUCAUCGGUUUGCUCCAACCGUCUUUCUACUUUCAUAUCCUUCUGCAAUAUGUUCUGCCUUCUUUAUUAAUUCUUUCCUCGCUUUCUCUCUCUCUUUCUCUUUUACAUAUAUACAAUAUUCCGUUAUAACGGAGCAUGGAGCAGCUCGGUGUUCGGCGUACGCGAUUAGCUGCUACGAAACCAUCGUGAAGUUCUGUCUGCCGCAAUUUGCGAUGACUAAUAAUAACCGGUUCCACGCUCGAGUGACGAAAAUUGCUUUUACCUUGCGCGACGCUCGCCGUCGACGGAAGACGUUCGGUCUGUCGGUCAGUAGGCUCGUCCGUAAACCUACAUUUCUCGCCCAAGGAUAUCGAACAUCCUUUAACUGCAGAGAAUUGGGACCCCCUUGGAGGGCAAUUAUCGGCCUCUAAUUAAACUUAAUUAAAGGUGGUUGCCGAUAAGUAAUUAAUAAGCUAAAAAGAGAUCCGCCGCGAUAAAAAGCCUAUUUAUCCUGAAAUAAUAGCAUUCGCGGUUCCGAGGCUAUUCUCACAAUGUACGUCCGCCAUUUCUUCAGAGCUCACUGAAGUACGCCGUAUUUGUUUUCAGCGAAUGAAUCACGAAUCCACGAAUUGUGGAAUUGCCAAUUUUGGACGUGCCGAGCGUUUCCAGUAGAAUUAACAGCCAAACAGAUAAUUCAGGUACAAAGAACCACCUUACGGAAAGGUGGCAUUUUUUUUUAUCAGCGCAUAUGUAUUCAAAUCGCGCGUUUUAUUUUUGUGUUAUUCACGCGUAGCGUGUCCAGCUCUUUUUCCAUCGCGAACAAAUAUCUCUUGCAUACCCGAGAUGUGCCAUCACACGCCAGAGGCUCUAAGGUCACCUAACAAGUAACCAGUGAAUCACGAUAUGAAAAUAUAAAAUAAUUCCGCGCUGCCAAGCCGCAGGAUUUCCAAGAAUUUCAGAAUCGAGAAAAGUUAAACAUUUGUUUCUCAACGAUAACGAAAAUACUACUUUAAAUCAAAAGAAAUGUGUCUUAAAAUCAGAAAGAAACUUCAGUUUAAAACUUAUUUUAAGAUAGUUUUACUUCAUUUUAACUUUUACUUCGUCGAAUAUGACCCAUAUACACGCGCAUAAAAUCAUGGGAUUGCAUAAAUUAAAUGUAUACAGCGAGAAACAAAGCAUAUAUAACACGUGAUUCUCUGAAAGUCAGUGGCCAGCGAAAUAUUGUGUACAGUUAUGCAAGAAGCUUUUUACGAGAAAGAGAGAGAGAGAAUUUUCGCGAUUCUCGUAAAUGUGUCGGUAUCAAAAGUGUGACUCACUGGUCGCGAUGCACGGUCGUGCGUGCGGACGUAGUAGUUGUGUGACUGCCUAUAUCUCUAUCCCUCGAUGUCCUUGCACGUAAUCUUCCGCUAAAAGACACCGAUAUAAAUUGUUUAAGAACGUUUAGCGACAAUGAGUCACGUAGUUCCACACAGCAAAACUUUGCGUAACAAUGCCGGCGCGUCUGCUCCCGAUCGCUAAGCGAGGAUCAAACUGCUUUGCAUAAGGCCAUUCGCGCAGAUGUUCUUAAAUGGGAUCUUAAACAUGAUUUUUAUGAUGAAAUGCCGCAAAUUUCUGCCGCGAGAAAUGCGCCGAAAUAUGUAUACUUGAACAGGCAUAUCGUUAAAAAUGAAAACAUUGUAUAUACAAAGAGAGAAAGAGACAGAGAGGAGGUACGCGUUUUUAUUAUUUAUGUGAAUUUUAUCAUAUAGAUAUAAUGGAUUUAAAUUUAUGAUGAAACUUUAAAUUAUAUUACUACCAGCAAAAGUAUAUGGAGACUCAUUAAAUUAAAAUAUUUUAAUCAGAAUUAUACAUUUAUAUAAAUUUUUUCAAGACCGCGCGAAGCACUUUUCAAGGCUCUAAGGCUGUAACUUUUUUCAGUUUAUAUAUGUAAAUCGAGUCCUGCAGGUAACGUCUUUAAAAAAAGGCUUUUAAUGCAUAUGUACAUCAAAUUUAAGAUGUAGUGUUUGUUAGUGAAAGGCAAUAAAGCGGCAGAAAAACAAGAAA